AUGGCUAUCUAUCCAACAAGAGACCUGCUUUCCAUAUCUUCGCAUGUUGUGCAUGGCAAAGUGGGAAACGAUGCCAUACAAUUUCCCUUGAAUAUAAGGCAUUGGAACGUCGAUUGCAUUCAUACUACCAAUCUUUCGAAUCAUCCAGGAUAUAAGAAAUUUAAAGGAACUAAGUCAAGUUUUCAGUUGAUUCAAGAUUUAUACAAAGGUCUUACGAAGAUAGAGCUAAGAUACGACGCUGCCAUAGUGGGCUAUGUUGCUAGCAAACAAGUCCUAGAAGUGAUAUAUACAGAGAUUCUGGCAAAGCUACCGAAAGAAACCAUUGUAGUGAUGGACCCUAUUAUGGGAGACAAUGGUAAGCUCUAUGUAGAGGAAGCCUUGGUUCCUCUAUACAAACAUAUUCUUCGUGACCAGACAUGCGAAGGAUUGAUUAACUUAGUGACACCUAAUCAAUUUGAGAUGGAGAUAUUGACUGAUGUUAAGAUUGUGGAUCUAGACUCCCUUAAACAGGCUAUAGUGUCAUUUUUCGAACUGUACAGGGUGCAAAAAGUUGUUAUCACCUCUGUUAGCUUCGAUGAUUCCGAUACAGUACUCUGUAUAGGUGCGGGAUCUGAUGGUGAAGUAUUUACUAUUCAGGGGUCCAGGAUAGAUGCGGUGUUUUCAGGAUCUGGCGAUUUGUUUUUGGGGAUAUUGACCGAUCGGUUUGUUAAAUCUCAUGGUGAUCUCAAGGAAUCACUUACCCAUACGAUGAAUGUAGUCCAUAAAGUACUAGAGAACACAUGCCAACUUAGCGCAAACCUACAACCGAAGAGAUACGUUGGUGAUAAACUUUAUAUCCCAGAUCUCAGGUUGGUUGAAAGCAAAUUCUUCCUCAGAGAUGACUCCUCUGACGGUAUCUUAGACAAUCUUACCACAAGCACCACUUUUCUAUGA